CUCGAGAGUGGGAGGACAAAGCAGUAGCUAAUUUUGUAAUUUUUGCAGUUAUACCAUUCAAAUAAGCGAAAUGGCUUUCAAGUAUUUCACCGUUGCUCUGCUGAUCACUGUUGUACAAGCCGGCCUUAUUUCUGUACAGGAAGAGCAUGGUAUUCCUUUAGUGCAUGCCCAAAACCACCAUGAGUCAGCAGCUUUUUAUCAUGCACCUGCACAAAUAGCUCAUAUUGCUCAUGCAGCUGCUCCACACGCCGUACAUUUGCUACACAAACAGCACUCAGCACACGAGCAGUAUCCCGAUGAUCCCCAUCCUCAAUACAAUUUCGCUUACAACGUACAGGAUGCACUCUCCGGUGAUUCUAAAAGCCAAUCCGAAAGUCGUGAUGGCGAUGUUGUCCAUGGUGAAUACUCCUUAAACGAUGCUGAUGGUUUCCGUCGUACCGUCAAAUAUACUGCAGACUCUGUCAAUGGUUUCAAUGCUGUGGUAGAACGAGAACCCCUCACCCACAAAGUUGUAGCGGCUGCCACGCCUGUGCAGUAUCAUCACGCCCCAUCGGCUGUUGUAGCACCUGUGCAGUACCAUCAUGCUCCUGCUCCAGCUGCUCAAGCUUACGCCGCGGUGCCAGUCCAACAUCAUCAGGUUGCCGCACACGUAAGCUACGAAGCUCCACAUCAAGAAGAACAACACUACUACCACCAUUGAAUCGACUGAGAGCGCAUUUUUCCAUUAAUAAUAUUACGCUUGACAACAUUAGACAAUUUUGUACAAUACAUACAUAUAUACAUACAUACAUACACA